AUGGCUUCUCAAAGGGAUGAGCGUGAGAUGAAAGCUUCUCCAGGAGGAGAUUUGUCAAGCGAUCUGGCAACUCGUGUUUCUGCGGGUGGGGACAAGGAUGGUGAAGAUGACAGGAGAACGGACAAGUUAAAGCAGAUGAAGGAGUGGAAGAACCGUUUUGAUGAGUUUACGACGCAAAUGGACGUGUUACUUAAUGACGUACUUGGCUAUACUCGGUCAGAUGCGACCUCGGAGUUGAAUAGCCGACCGGUAAAUUCUCCGUCAGGUAACGGUGGUAGCCGUUGCAGCCCUCAACAGCGCACGCUUGGUGCCGAUCCGCCAUCAAUACAGAGCUCUUCGCAAACCGCCCCGAAAAUAGACGGGGGACCAAAAUGUGCAUGUAAAUCGCCUAACAUAACGAAUGUUGACAAAGUGGUAUACCAUGCGUUGACCGAGCCUCCCCGAAACGUCAAGGAGUGCAUGGACUGGUUGAUAGCCCUGAAGGGGAAGGAUCCUGGGAAGAACUUGAAGGCCUUGGGUGAGGCAGUCUACAAAUUUCUCGCAGACAAGCCUGUAGGAUACACUAGGGUGCCAGCUCUCGAGAAAGUUAAACUUAUUUCUAAAGAGUUCCUGAACAAACCGGACUUUCGCAACCGACAUCCCGUAAAAAGGAUUAGGAGCAGAUUUUAUAUACGUAUGUAUAAAGAAUUCUGUUGGCUCACAAAAUUUUUCACUUUCUACAAAAGCGAUUAUGAGAACAUCAUACAGACCAAGGGUCUCACUGCUAUAGACAUCGCAGACAAAUUAGGCGAUGUUGUGACUGGUUGUGAGAGGUUCUUGAAGCAUAUCAAAAACCCUGGUCAGUACAAGUCGGCUUACUGUCCAGAAGCGACGUGGGAUGCAUCAUUUGCGAAGAACCCGGAAGCUUGCGCUGUCAUCCUAGUGGGAAUUGGGCCAAUGUUCUACGGAAGCCUAGAGUCUUUGCUAAUAGAAUGCGAAUUUUUAUAUAGAACGGGUCUGAGUCGUUACCUUUUUGAGUUUAUCCGUAUGAUGCUGAAGGCUCUGGGUUUUGUAGAGCCGGAAUGUCGCGCUAGCCCCAGUCUGGUAGAUGUAGACAGGGCGUUGAGCCGUUUAGAUGACCAUGAAUUGUACACAGUAUACGACCUCUCUGGGUUUUGGGCCUUCUACUGA